AUGUAUUUUGUUAUUUGGUGUAUUUUUAGUUUUAUUUUUAUAAGAAUAUCAAAUUGUUGUUUUUACCAGGGUUUAGGAACGAGUUGUGAGUGUUCUCCAUCAUGUCUAGAAUCCUGUCAACAAUACUCUGAACAGACAUUUUAUUAUGCUCCACAGGCACAGGAUCAUAAAUGUAAUCCAACACCAAUGACACCUUUACCAAGACCAAUUCCAACUAAAUAUUAUAAAAAAGAACCUUUAUAUCCAAGUCCUCCAAAAUUAGAUAAUAAUCAAUAUCCUCAAUUAAUUCCUCCAUCCUAUAAAAUUUAUCCAGCACCUCCUCAAGCAAGAAUUUAUUAG